AUGUCGAGGCGCGGCGACUGGGUCUACGAGAACAACGGCGGGACCUGCGUGGCCAUCGCCGGCGCCGAUUACUGUGUCGUCGCGGCGGACACCCGCCUCUCUGUCGGAUACAGCAUCCUCACGCGCGACCACUCCAAGAUCUGCGACCUGGCUGACAAAUGUGUACUAGCAUCUUCUGGCUUUCAAGGUGAUAUUAAGGCUCUGCACAAGAACCUAGCUGCCAGAGAAUUGCUAUACCAACACCAGCAUAAUAAAAGGAUGAGCUGCCCCGCCAUGGCACAGCUCCUCUCCAAUACCCUGUACUACAAGCGCUUCUUCCCAUAUUAUGCCUUCAAUGUGCUCGGUGGGCUUGACAGUGAGGGGAAAGGAUGCGUUUUCACCUAUGAUGCAGUAGGUUCCUAUGAGAGAACCGGUUACAGUGCUCAGGGAACGGGGUCUACUUUGAUCAUGCCAGUCCUGGACAAUCAACUAAAAUCACCAAGUCCUCUAUUACUCCCUGCCAGGGAUGCUGUCACACCAUUGUCGGAGUCAGAGGCCAUCGAUCUGGUUAAGGAUGUGUUUGCAUCUGCAACUGAGAGAGACAUCUACACUGGGGACAAGUUGGAAAUUGUUGUCAUUAACAAAGCCGGUACUAAGCGUGAGUACAUCGAACUGAGGAAGGACUAA